AUGUACCUCGGACGCGGCCGUCUCGAGAGCGGGACGACGCGAGGGAUGAUGCGGACGCACGCGCGGCGACCGUCGACGACGUCGAAUCCGUGCGCGCGGUCACGCGUGCGUAAGACGACGGAGCGAUCGCUCGCGCGAGUGCGACGAUCGACGAGUGAGAAGGGAAGCGCGCUCGUGCUCGAGCGAGAGAGCGAACGGGAGAAGGAGGAGGGAGGGAAAGCGCGAGCGGAGGGAUUGCGAUUCCAACGCCCGGACGUCGCCGCGCCGGGGGGAGCGGAUCCUUGGAACGACGAGAAGUGGACAAAGACCAAGUGGACGGUAUUCAGAGACGUCGCGUACGAUCUCGAUCCUUUCUUCGCUCGACACCCCGGAGGAGACUGGCUCCUGAACUUGGCCGUGGGACGAGACUGCACCGCGCUCAUCGAAUCCUAUCACUUGCGACCAGAGGUGGCGACGGCUCGUUUCAGAAUGCUGCCCAAACUCGAGGAUUUUCCCGUCGAGGCCGUGCCCAAGUCCCCGAGACCGAACGAUUCGCCGUUAUACAACAACAUUCGCAACCGAGUCCGCGAAGAGCUCUUCCCAGAGGAGGGAAAGAAUAUGCACAGACAGGGCGGCGACCACGCGACGGUGACGAUUCUGGGUUUCGCCGCCUUUGCUUAUGCCGUGUACUAUUCCCUUCCGGGGUUCCUUUCCGGCUGCCUCCUCGGUCUCGCGGGGGCGUGGAUUGGUCUCACGAUUCAGCACUGCGCCAACCACGGCGCGAUGUCUCCUUCGCCGGCCGUUAACGGCGUCCUCGGUUUGACGAACGAUCUCAUCGGCGGCUCGUCCUUGAUGUGGAGAUAUCACCACCAAGUCAGCCACCACAUUCAUUGCAACGACAACGCCAUGGAUCAAGACGUGUACACGGCGAUGCCAUUAUUGCGUUUCGACGCUCGCCGGCCCAAGUCCUGGUACCAUCGCUUCCAGCAGUGGUACAUGUUUUUAGCGUUCCCGUUGUUGCAGGUUGCCUUCCAAGUCGGAGACAUUGCCGCACUGUUCACGCGUGAUACCGAAGGCGCUAAGCUUCACGGGGCGACGACGUGGGAGCUUACCACGGUUGUCCUCGGUAAGAUUGUGCACUUCGGUCUUUUGUUGGGGCCGUUGAUGAACCACGCGGUGAGUUCUGUUUUGCUGGGGAUCGUCGGUUUCAUGGCGUGCCAAGGUAUAGUUCUGGCGUGCACGUUUGCUGUGAGUCACAAUGUCGCGGAGGCGAAGAUACCUGAGGACACCGGAGGAGAAGCCUGGGAGAGAGAUUGGGGUGUCCAGCAGUUGGUGACUAGCGCCGACUGGGGUGGAAAGAUAGGUAACUUCUUCACGGGUGGCCUCAACUUGCAAGUUGAGCACCACUUGUUUCCGGCGAUUUGCUUCGUCCACUACCCGGACAUCGCGAAGAUCGUGAAGGAAGAAGCGGCCAAGCUCAACAUCCCUUACGCGUCUUACAGGACUCUUCCUGGUAUUUUCGUCCAAUUCUGGAGAUUUAUGAAGGACAUGGGCACGGCUGAGCAAAUUGGUGAAGUUCCAUUGCCGAAGAUUCCCAACCCGCAGCUCGCGCCGAAGCUCGCUUAG